AAAAAAGUCACGUGAAGUGCAUUGAUGUGCAUGGUGCAUACUACGUUCGUUUGAUAUUGAUAUUUAUAUUUAUAUUUUACCUUUUAAAAAAAUAAAUAUACAUAUAUAUAAAUACCUUCACAUAAAAUGGCCGGAAAAAAGAAAGUACGAAAUGCAUUCAAAGUUGAAGACGCAGGAGAUGUAGAUAUGGAUGAAAUCUCGGAUUCUGAUGACCAAUAUUCGGAAGAAGAUCGUGAGUUACUUAGAAAAGUAAGAAUAAAACGAGCACCAGAAAAUUUUGAUAGCGACGACGAAGUCUAUGGACUGCAAGAUGAUGAAGAAAACGAAGAGGAUGAAAUGGAAAACGAAGAGGAUGAAAUGGAAAACGAAGCAGAUUCUAUGGAAUCUGAUAUAGAAGAAUUGCAAGAUGAUUUCGAUAUACCAAAUGAGAAAGCAUGGGGCAAAAAGAAAAGAACAUAUUAUUCUACGGAUUACGUAGAUCCUGAUUAUGCCACUGUUAGUCAUAAAAAUCAAGUUAUAGCAGAAAUGGAAGAAAAAGAAGCAAUAAGCAUUCAAAAGAAAUUAGCUGAACGAUUGGAUGAUGCUGAUUUUGGUUUAGAUUUUAUAGAAGUAAAAAGUGAGGACACAAAACCUCAUCAAGAUGAAGAGGAAACCAUCAAAAGAGAUUUUACCAAACUUAGUAAAAAACAGAAACGUGAAUUAGUUCAGCAAGAAAGUCCAGAAUUUCUGGCUCUUGUUGAUGAUUUUAAAGAAUGCAUGAACGAAGCUAAAAAUGUACUUUCACCUUUUUUGGAACUUGUUAAAAAAGGCAUAUGUCCUAAUUGUCCUGCAUUGGACUUUGUUAAAACUAGGUAUCAAAUAAUAUUAAAUUAUUGCGUUAAUAUUUCCUUUUAUUUAAUGCUAAAAGCCAAAAGAUUACCUAUCAACUCGCAUCCUGUUAUUAAACGUUUGGCUCAAUAUCGCCAACUUCUUAAUGAAAUGCGUUCCGGAGAAGGAAAUUUAUUAGAGAAAAUUGAAGAGAUAUUAAAAAUUAAAAAAGAAGGUGGAUCUCUUUAUAAUAUAUCAGGUGAAUUGGUGACUUACUUUGACGAGAAGAAAAAAGUUAUUGCUGAAGUAAAAGACAAAAAAGAUCGAAAACGAAAAAUAAGCGAGACAAACGAAGAGGAAGAGUCUGACAAUAUCACGGAUGAUGAAUUAAACGAAGAAAAUAAUUUAUCUGAAAAGGAUGAAGAUAAAUUGAACGUUGAGGCGGACAACCAAGAAAACAAAAUAUCGGAAGAAAUGCAGGAUACGGAAGAAAAAAGAGCAAUUACAUAUCAAAUAGCAAAGAACAAAGGUCUUACGCCGCAUCGUAAGAAAGAGCAACGAAAUCCAAGAGUCAAGCAUAGGAAUAAGUAUCGCAAAGCAAAAAUACGUAGGAAAGGAGCUGUGAGAGAAGUCAGGAAAGAAUUAACUCGAUAUAGCGGAGAAAUGUCAGGAAUUAAUGUUUCCGUGAAGAAGAGUAUAAAAUUGAAAUAGUAAAUACAUGCUUUAAACAUUAAUAUAAUUGAACUAAUAUGGAAUUACUUAUUGUAUAUAAUAUUUAAAUACAAUUUUGGUAUAUUAGUUAUCAGACUUAUCGCGUAUAAUUAGAAUAGCAUUUAUUUGAUUAUGAGAAACAAAUAAACAAUUUUAUUUAUGUACGAAAAAA